CUAUCAACCACUUGCUAUUUACAUUUGUUGUCUGGGAUACAUUAUGCUGCGAGGAGCACGGUGAUACUUCCUCCGUGUCUGUGUGCCUUUUUUAAAUAUCAGCAUCCCAAUUCCGUUCUUCACAAUGAGCUCCGAAGCAAUGCGACCUAGGGGCCGACCAGCCCAUACGCCUGGAACAACGGUCUUGACGCACACGCCUAACGGUCGAUACACCAUCACAGGAGGAUCCAAUUCGGCGAUCCGUAUCUACUCCGUCGGACAAGAUGGCGAGCCAAAGACGAUUGAGGAGGGUGCUGAUGGACAUUUGGGUAUUGGGGCUACAAAUGAAUCGUUUUUCAUGGGUGCCGAGGAUGGCACGGUCUGGCAGUAUGAGGUUCAAUCUGGACGGAUGGAGAAAUUACUGGUGCGGUGUGCGUUGCCGGUGCGCGAUAUAGCUGUUUCGAAAGAUGGGGAGUGGGUUGCGGUUGCGAGCGAUGAGCUCACUGUCAAACUGGUGAAUAUCGAGGACAUGACCAAGGUCAAGUAUCUACGUGAGCAGGCGAAAGGGACAAAACAUAUCACCUUCGAUCCGAAUGGACGGUUCGUUGCCGCGUCCUGCACGGACGGAAUCGUGUACGUUUACUCUCUCGACUCGGAAGAACCCGAGCUUCUUCGCAAACUAGACGGCAUGGUUCGGAGACUCGAGCCGGAGGACGAAGCAACCGCCCGGGUAGUGUGGCAUCCGGAUGGAACUGCAUUUGCAUCGGCAGAGGCUACGAGGGACAUUGCGCUGUUCUCUGUCGGCGAGUGGAAGAAGGAGAUAGCCUUCACUGGCGGUCAUAACGGGGAUAUCACGGCCAUAAGCUGGUCUCCAAAUGGUGCGCUGCUUGUGACUGCUGCCAAGGACGGCCAGGUUCUUCUCUGGGAAAGCAAAACGCAGAAGAUUCUGCAGCGGUAUGAUUUUCCAAAUGUGCUCAAUGUCGCCUGGCAUCCGACGCAGAACUCCCUGUCGCUUACGACUUCGGACGGGGAGCUGUUUAUCUAUGAUGGUUUCGUGCCGAACGCACACCAGCCUAUACUGCAGAAGCCCCUGCAGGCUGCUCCUAUCUUCCCCGGGGCUCUGGCUGAAAUUUCUGAUAAUGCGGGACGACCAUUAGCAAGCAGGCCUAAGGAAGCGGCACCCCGAAAGGAGAGAAUGGGCAGCCCUGACUCUCUCGAUGAUAUUCUAGGCUAUGAUCAGGAAAUGGACGACUUCGUUGAGGAUGACGACGGGGCUGGCUAUGCGGAGCUUAUCAAUGGACAUGGGAAACGCACAAAUGAACAUCUCGAGGAGAUUGAUGGCCACACUGAUAAACGGAUAAUCACUUCCUUCACGAAGCCCAAGGUCCAUCCGCCGCUUCAGCCUGGUAGCACGCCUUGGAGGGGAAACCGCCGAUAUCUUUGCUUGAAUUUGACAGGUGCUGUUUGGACCGUGGAUCAAGAGACGCACAACACAGUGACAGUGGAGUUUUACGACAGAGAGCUUCACCGUGAUUUCCACUUUACCGACCCGUAUCUGUACGAUCGGGCGUGUCUGAACGAGAAUGGAGCGUUGUUCUCCAAUAACCCCAAGGACGGCAGCCCCGCUACAAUCUUCUACCGUCCCCAUGAAACAUGGACUGCUCGAGCAGACUGGAGAACCCAACUGCCCCAAGGAGAGCAUAUUAGAGCGCUGGCGCUAAGUGAGUCAUAUAUCGUUGCGGUGACGACGAAAGACUACGUUCGUGUGUACACGCUGUUCGGAACCCCUUUCAAGGUAUAUAGACAGAAGAGCCCAGCCGUAACGUGCGCCGCAUGGCGAGACUAUGUCAUGACCGUAGGAAAUGGCCCUCUGGCAAGCGACGGCCGGACCGCAACCCUGCGGUAUUCGGUUGAGAACGUGAAGCGCGAUGAAAUUUGCCAGAACGAAGAUGUCGUCGCCCUCCCAGAGAACGCAGAACUCAAGAGCGUCUUCUUUUCCGAUACAGGGCUGCUAACGAAUCAGGACCCAUGCAUUUACGACUCCGAGGGCGUUCUGCUGAUUCUCCAGCACUGGCGAACCCCGGGCCAGGCGCGCUGGGUCCCGCUACUCGACACCCGACAAUUGGAGCGACUUGCCAGCGGGCGCAAGGAAGAAACUUACUGGCCGGUGGCCGUUGCGCAGGAUAAAUUCCACUGCAUCAUCUUAAAGGGCGGAGACCAGUAUCCUUACUUCCCGCGGCCGUUGCUCAGCGAAUUCGACUUCCGGGUUCCCAUCACGGACAAGCCCGGCAAGGCGCCAGAGGACGAAGAAGACGGAUCUGCAACCCGGAAUGACAGAGCUCGGCUCGAGGAGUCAUUUGUUCGAAACAACCUUCUCCUCUCUCUCUUUCAGGAUCUGCUCUCGUCUACACAUGCCACGUCCUCGCAGCGUGCGGAAUUGCCGCGGAAAGAGCUCGAGGUGGAUAAGAUUCUCCUCCAACUUCUGGCGAUUGAGUGUCGCGAGGGAGAAGAGCGAGGCAUGAAGGCCUUGGAACUGGUGCAGAUGAUGAAAGACCGCAAUGGCAAGAUGGUUGAGGCGGCGGUUAAGGUCGCAGAGCGAUAUGGCCGGGGAGUGUUGGAGGACAAGAUCCGGGAGUUGGCUGAGCGCCGAUACGCGGGGGAGGACGACGACGACGACGACGAACUAGCCUAA